AUGUCCACUUUCACGAACUCUUACAAGGCUCCCGCAGCGUCGUUCCCGGAGAACGUCCACCUGGACACUGCAGAGGCCGACUAUGACUACAACUUUAUGUUUGAGCCCAAGACAUUGCAGUCGGACCGCGUUGUUCUGCGUCCCUUCCUGCCGUCUCGCGACGCCCAGCACCUCUUGUCCGGCAUCCAAGCGAACCCGGAAUUGGUCGAGUAUGUGGGCUGCGGCGUCUGGCAGACUCUGAACGAGGUAUGCGUCUGGGCCGAGCAGGCAAGGAGGCACCCCGGCGAGCUCCGCUACUCCGUCUACAGUGCCCCUCUCGACCGCCUCGACGCUCCUGUGGAGGACUAUGUCUUUGCCGGCACAAUGUCCAUGAUUGAGUCGAGCUACGAUAACAUGAUGAGCGAGAUUGGUUGGAUAUUCAUCCUCACCCCCUUCCAGGCAAGUCUCUCCGCUCUCCCCCCGGGUCUCGCUCUCUCUCUGACCAUUCAGCGCACCCACGUCCUGUCGAACGCGUGCGGUCUCCUCAUGCACCGUAUCCUCGACUCGGUUGAGCAAGGCGGCCUUGGCCUUCGCCGAUGCCAGUGGAAAGCCAACUCGUUGAACAAGAAGAGCGGUGCUGCUGCCGAGCGUCUGGGAUUUGUCCAUGAGGGUAUCAUCAAGGCUUGGAUUGUCGUGCCAGAGGGCAAGCCAAGCGCUCAUGUCGGCCGCCCUGGCAGGCUUGAGAAAUGCGGCCAGCGUGAUACCUGGAUGGCAGGUAUCACCUGGUAUGACUGGGAAGACAAGACGCGCGCACACGUUGACCAGCUCAUGGCCAGGAGGAAGUAG